AUGAUGAGGAAGCUAAAGGAUCUAGGCUGCGAAGACCUGGCGGAAUACGAGAACGAGGGAGACGACGAGGAAGAUGAUACCUACAUUACAAGGGAAACGGAGAAAACGGUAACCGACGCGAUACUAGGGCUGUUGCUACGAAUAGAAGCUUUGGAGCGAACCGAGCAGGAAACCUGCAACGCCCUCCAAGACGUACUGGCGUACCUUGAAACAGUCGAAAAGGACACUGAGAAAAUCUGCAACCCACGAACCAAGCUGCAGUUCCUGUGCAACAAGAUUCUGAGAAAGCCGGAGCCACCGCAAAAUAACGAUGACGACGAACACAAACUUGCCAUGUAA